GGGCUUGCUCCUCUGUAUUAUCCUCUCGUCCAGAGACAGGCAGGGCGCUGGAGUCCAGAUCCUCUUUCUCAUGCCCCUCAUACCAUGGCCAGCGAGCGCAGAUGACUCUUCGAAAGGCAAGGACGACGAGAAGGACAUUGCCACGAAAGCGAAGGAACUAUUUGCACUAGCAGGAGAGAUACCUCCAGAAUACUUCUCAGUCGCUGCUUUUGCCGCAGGGUCGUUAUCCUUAGCGGCGAGCUACUUCGUGCAUAAACGUUACUUUCGACGCAUACCCAAUGCAGAAUGGGUGUCUCCAAAUCACCUUGCGCGCAAGCGCUGGAUUAAAGGGCGAGUGACUAGCGUCGGCGAUAACGACAACUUUCGCUUCUACCACACACCCGGCAUCGGCUGGCGGUGGCCUCUCAAGUUCCGUCGUGUUCCAACGCUAACCAAGGAGCUGAAAGAUCAAACGAUUCACGUCCGCAUCGCUGGCGUAGACGCGCCAGAGAACGCCCACUUCGGUCGGCCCGCGCAGCCCUACGCCCAAGAAGCUCUCGCCUAUCUCCGCGCACGCAUCCUCGGCAAAACCGUCUUUUGCCAGCUUAUCCGGCGCGACCAGUACGGGCGGAUGGUCUCGCACGUCCGCCUCGCGCCUCGGUUUCUUCCAGCUACCCUUUUCCGCGGGCCCAACCUCGCCGAGGACAUGCUCCGCAAGGGCUGGGCGACGACGUACGAGCAACACGGUGCAGAGUAUGGUGAAGGCGGAGUUGAAAGGUACAAACAAAUCGAGCAAGAAGCGAAGGACGCGCGGCGGGGGAUUUGGGCCAAGGGUGUGCGAGGGGAGACGCCGGCGGAGUAUAAGAGGAGAUACGCCCAAGCCGCAGACGGCGGUGAGCCGCCCUCCAAGGCGCGCGCGGAGAAAGAGCAGAAGAGAGGCUGGUUGCAGCGCUUGUUCAGUUGGAAGUAGCUACGGCUGGAAGUAAGUAUUGAGUAAUGGCCUUGGUGCGCGAGGACGAUUUAGAGUGUAUCUCGCAUGGAAAACCCGCAUGCAGUGCUUUUCUUGGGGUUGACUUGAGAAACCAACCCUUGGAGAAAAUACAAGGUCACUCAUCAUGCAGGCAUUGGUGGCAGGCAGAAAGAUG